CUCAUUAAUAAUGGAGGAGUCUGACCGGAGCAGUUUUGCCUGCCUUUGUUUCCACUGUAGAUGAAGGGAGACAUGGAUCUUUCUGUUUUGCCCAAUAACAACCAUCCUGACAAAUUCCUGCAGCUUGACGUGAAGUCUUUAAUGAGGAGCCCAGCCCUUCUGCAGGCUAGCCUCGCGAGAUUUCCGGGUGGGCAUUAUCCUGCUGCACAACACUGGCAAAACCUUGUCUACUCACAGAGAGAAAAGAAGAAUAUUGCUGCUCAGCGAACUAAGAGAUCCAGCAGGGAGGGCUCUGUCACUCCUGAUAGCCCUCCACCAUCCAUGUCCUCAGUCAUGAAGAAUAAUCCACUCUAUGGGGACUUAAGUAUGGAGGAAGCUAUGGAAGAAAGAAAAAAGAACCCUUCGUGGACCAUUGAGGAAUAUGAUAAACGUUCUCUGCACACAAACCUCUCGGGACAUCUGAAGGAAAAUCCCAAUGACCUACGAUUUUGGUUGGGAGAUAUGUACACACCGGGUUUUGACACCUUAUUGAAAAAAAAGAAGAAGCGUGAAAAGCGAUCAAAAUUAUGUCGCAUGGGUCUAAUUUUACUCCUUGUUACUUCCAUCUUGGUUACCAUAGUGACUAUCAGCUCUCUUUUCACCUAAAGACAUUGCCACAGAGUCCCUUUGAAUGUCUUAAAAAGCUUUCUAAACAUUUGCAGGAAAACAUGUUCAUGCCGUAUGAAUGUAUUGUUGACUGUGCAAUUCAGUGUAAUCGUCCUGUAGAAUGUGAACAUUGUUUGUGACAUGCUGGCUUCUCUGCUUUCUUCUGUGAAACCUGUGUACAAAUUCCAGCCUGUGCUUUGUCCUUAGGGAAGCAGGGAUUCUGAGGCUCAGAUCACAGAAAAGUCACUGUAGUGCAACCAAAAUUAAUCACUUCAAGAAAGAGUAAAAGAGCAUGGGUUGUCAGCAGGUUUGUCUCAAUACUCGAGUCAUUUUCAUCUUGUUUUUUAAAAUACGAGUCACCCCUCUCCACCCCAUUCUCAUGUAGGCACAAAGGAAGUAUGAGCCAAUCGGUUUUUAAAACAAGGUGGAAGGAGUGGGGGAGAUUUUGUUCAAACCUAUUCUUGUUUUCCCAGUAAUCAUUUAUAAUGACCCUAUUUCAUGUUACCAUUUUAGCAAGACUAAACUUGGACAGGCCAUAGUUAUUUAGUUAAUUACAUUUAGAUCUAAUUGUGUUUAUUACUAGAUCCAAAUGGGCUAGUGUGACCCCUGGUGGCAGUCAGUGAGUGUAUGUUUCCAGCCAUGGCCUAGGUUAUAGGGGCCCUAGAAAAGCAGGAGAACUGCCAAAAGAAGAGGCUUUGAAUCCUAACUGUGCCGUUUACUAACUGUUGAGCCUUGAGAAAGAUAUUCUCUGGGAUAAUGGGUAACACCAUCUCCAUAACAGAGCUGCCCUAAAGACUAAAUAAGAAAUGCAAGUAAGGAGGACUCCUGGCUCCUAGUACCUAGUUGCUUAGUUAGAGGUAUGGUCAUUACUGAUUUGUGCUAGCUAAGUGGCAGCCCCAGUUCACCUUCCAUUGCCUGCAGAUACUUGGAGACAGGUUCAGGAAUCAACUACUUGAGUCACCUUGCUCCCUUCAUCCUGCAACACCCUUCCCUAAGUCCCUCAUCCUACUCCUUUCUCGAAACAACCCACCCUAAUGCUUUCUUGUGUAUGAAACAAAAGAAGGAAUUUUUCCCUUCCAAUUAAAUAAAGCUGGCUUUUGUCCUUUGAUAUUGCCAUAUUAUUUUGUUGUAUUUCCUUUAAAGGUAAUUAAAAUAAAGUCCAUUAAAGUGCAGAUUUCCUGGACAAUAAAAUCAUU